AUAAGAUCAUGUUUACUUGUAUAAAAUAUGAAUAAACAAAUUCUAUGACAAUCAACAACAUGUUAUACGUUGAAUUGUUGAAUAUUGACAAUUGAACAUCCGUAGAAUUUUGCGGGAAUUUUAAAUUUCAAAACUUGAAUUAUUCAUUUCUAAAUGAUUUGGAAUAUAAUAUUAUUUCAUUUAUUGAUAAUUAAAACUAUGCAUUGUAUUGUUCAUACAAAUCAUAAUGAAUAUAAGAGAUUAUUUGUUUCAAGUAAUAAUAAUAUCUAUACUAGAAGUCAUUUUUCAAAUAAAUUCAUGAAAGAAGAACAAAUUGAAGAAGAAGAAGAAUCAAUUGAACUACCGGAACACAUUCAAGAAGAUAAUGAUUCUUUGAAUGCUUUUAAUGUGUCCAAGAUCUUCUCUAAUGAAACAAGUACUAAUUCAUCAUUAUCAUCAUCAUCAUUAUCAUCUGAAACACGAAAUAAAUCCAAAACAAAACAAGCUACAAAUCGUCGUAAAGUAUUUCGUAAACAUUCAAGCUCUAUAGAUAUGGGAUUUAGUGGAAGCUAUUUUAUUUGUUCUAAUGCUAAUUCAUUGCAUCUUCCAAAUAUAUUCUAUAAUAUUUACGCUUUAAUAUGUAUCACAGUUUUCAUGAUGGUUUCUUAGAUAUGAAUGUUUUUUUGUUUGUUCACUUUUUACAAUAUUGUUCAUAUGACUUGUUUAUAUCUAAUUCUACAUUAAUCCAAAUCUUCUGGGAUAUAUUUCAAACAAAGCUAAAUAAUGCAUUGAUCAUUCUAUACUUUACAUAGUUGACAAGUUUCUGUAUAACUACUCCUAAUGACAAAAAGCCUAAAUUUAUGAAAUCAUUUAUCUAUUAUUGAAUUUCUACAAAACUCGAAGACUUAGUUUCUUGCUAGUUCGAGCUAUCCAAUAAUACGUAUCUGAAAAUUUGAGAAGACACAUGCUCCUCUUGUUAUCCAAUUCUGUAUAUCCAUAUAUUAUAAAAUUAACUUUUGGUCAACUUUAAUUACAUAUCGCGUUUUCACAUCAGUGCGAUAAAUAACUAUUUAAGUAUAAACAGUUUCUUAUUGUGAUUAGUUGGUGGUUGGAGGUAGUUGAAAG